AUGGAAUCCGGUUUCUUGCAACAUCCACACAACAGCCAUAGGAGUGAACAGGAGAGGAGAGUUGGAGCAAUGGAGGCGACGGUGCUGAGCGUGGGCAAGUCUGUGGUGAACGGAGCUGUUAGCUAUGCCCAAUCUGCCGUUGCAGAGGAGGUGGCGCUGCAGCUGGGAGUGCAGCGCGACCAGGCCUUCAUCAGGGACGAGCUUGAGAUGAUGCAGUCGUUCCUGAUGGUUGCUCACGACGACCGAGACGACAACAAGGUGGUCAAGACCUGGGUGAAGCAGGUCCGCGACCUGGGCUACGAUGUGGAGGACUGCCUCCAGGACUUCGCCGUUCGCCUCGAGAAGCCGUCCUAUUGGUGGCACAUCCUGAGGACGCUGCUUGACCGGCGUCAUGUGGCCGUGGAGAUGAAGGAUCUCCGAGCCAAGGUCGAGGAUGUCAGCAAGAGGAACCUGCGCUAUCACCUCAUCAGGGGCCCUGACGCUGACUCAAAGUCCAUGGCUGCUGCCGCCAAGCAGUACUCUGCAGUCAGCAAAGCCAGUGCUACAAUGUUUGGUGUCAACGAAGCGAGGCGUGCCAUGAAGCUGAGGGUAGAUCUGGCCCAACUCAUCGACCAGGAGCAGGGGGAGGAUCUUAGAGUGAUUUCAGUGUGGGGAACAUGUGGCGUUCUCGGGCAGGCAUCCAUGAUAAGGAAGGUGUAUGACGAUUCGGGCACGUUUGAAUGCCGUGCCUGGAUCAAGCUUAUGCAUCCUUUCGACCCGAUCGUGUUCAUGCAAAGCAUUAUGCGGCAGUUCUAUGGAUAUUCUUUUCCAGAAUUAGCAGCUGAGGGACGAAGUUGUCGAGAAUUAGGGACUAAAGUUCUCAAGAAGAUGCUGAUGAUGAAGGAAGAAGAAUUGAUUGAUGAGUUCAAUGAGCAUGUGAAUAACAAGAGUUAUCUGAUUGUUCUUAACGAUCUGUGUAGCAUAGAAGAUUGGGACUGGAUUAAAACUUACCUUCCAGGCAACCGUAAUGGGAACCGGAUCAUUGUGGCCACACAGCAAGUUGAAGUUGCAAGCUUAUGCAUCGGCCAGGAAUGCCGAGUCUCAGAGCUUAAGCAAUUAUCCUCUGAUCAGACUCUCUAUGUUUUCUACCACAAGAGACCUCAAGGUGGAGCAAAUUCAAUGGAGCCAGAGUCAAGCUCAAAUGCAGCAGCCAUUGCCACUACUAAUAGAGCAAUCUCUUCAGUGCCCAUCUGUGAGAUACCGGCUGGUGAUCAAGCUAAAGAUACCGCAAGUGGACAGAAUGCAGUCCGAAGGAGCCUCAGUCGCAUCCUGUCGAUGACGGCUGCUCUAGAGGGAUCUGAAGUUGUUGGGAGGGAGAAAGAAAAAUCUCGCAUCCUCCCACUAAUUGUGGAUUCAGUUAACAAAGAACUUCAGGUUAUCUCUGUUUGGGGAAUGGGUGGUCUCGGGAAGACUGCUCUUGUCAAAGAUAUCUAUGAAGGUCAAGAACUCAGUGGCACAUUUAAGAAACGUGCUUGCGUCACAAUCAUGAGGCCUUUCAAUAUCGAGGAGCUCCUUAGGAGUUUAAUUAUGCAACUAAUGGUGUCAGAAACUUCUGACGAGAAUGACACAGCGAAGAAAACAAUGUCGCUGUCAGUUCAAGAGCUGAAGGAUCAGCUGGGCCGUCUUCCUGAAGAAAAGAGGUGGUUGAUUGUUCUCGACGAUUUGUCAUCUACCACUGAAUGGGACACGAUAUUGGAAAAUUUACCUCAAACAAAGAAUGCAAGUCGAAUCAUAGUCACCACAAGAGAAGAAACUAUUGCCCGUCAUUGUUCACAGCAGAAACAAGAAAAUGUAUACAACCUCAAAGGUCUUACUAAGGAGCAUGCACUUCUUGUCUUCACAAAAAAGGUAUUCAAGGAAAAUGAAUGUUGGCAUCGGCUGUAUCCUGAGUUGGUUGAACAAGUCAGACAAAUCUUGAAGAAGUGCAAUGGUCUUCCUCUUGCAAUAGUCGCCAUAGGUGGCUUCUUGGCAAACCAACCAAAAACUGCCAAGGAGUGGAGAAAACUGAAUGAGAAUCUUAGUAGUGAGUUGGAGAUGAAUCCAGAGCUUGACACCAUAAGAACAGUCCUUCUCAGAAGCUAUGAUGGUUUACCCUAUCAUCUCAAGGCUUGUUUCUUGUAUCUUCCAAUCUUUCCUGAAGACUACAAGAUUAGGCUAACACGUUUGGUGCGGAGGUGGAUCGCAGAGGGCUACUCAGGAGCGGUGCGCGGCAGGUCUUCCUAUGAAAUAGCAGAGAGCUACUUCAUGGACCUCAUAAGCAGGAGCAUGAUCCUGCCAUCCCGGCAAUCACGUCAUAGUAGAAAAGAAAUUGAUUCUUGCCAACUCCAUGAUAUUAUUCGUGAAAUUGGCAUCUCAAAGUCAAUGGAGGAAAAUCUUGUUUUCAGAUUGGAGGAAGGUUGCAACUUAAGUAGCCAAGGCACAAUACGUCACCUCUCUGUAAGCAACGACUGGAAGGGAGACCAGAGUGAAUUUGAGAGUACAGUUGAUCUGUCUCGUGUCAGAUCCAUAACAAUUUUUGGGGAGUGGAAGCCAUUCUUCAUUUCUGACAAGAUGAAGUUGCUGCGGGUGCUGGACUUGGAAGACACUUCAGGUCUGGUUGAUCAUCAUCUCAAGCAUAUUGGGAAGCUUUUCCACUUGAGAUACCUUUCCCUGAGAGGAUGUCAUGGAAUUUAUCACCUGCCAGGUUCCUUGGGUAACCUGAGGCAGCUCCAGACACUAGAUGUCACAGGUACAAACAUAAUCAAGCUGCCAAAGACCAUCAUCAAGCUCAGGAAGCUACAGCACGUUCGUGCGAGGGGUGUCGGGAGCAACGAUGAAUAUGUCUGUGAAGAGUAUUCAGAUAAACUCCCGAAGCUGAUGAGGAGCAAGCAAUGCAUCCUGACCUGCGCCUCGGCGGUGUUCUGCGUGGCAUGCUGCGCGCCACAGGUUCUGAAGGAGACCAUGGGCAUGGACGGGGAUACCAACAGGCGUGACGUCUGCACCACGUGCUGCUGCUCGUAUCUGCCAAUGCUGGCGACACGCCGGAGCCCACGUGGUGUUGUGGUGCCCAGAGGGAUCCACAGGCUCAGAGCCCUGCACACGUUGGGUGUGGUGAACAUCUCAAGGAGGAAGGCCACCCUGCGAGAGGUAGCUAGUCUCACCGGGCUGCGCAAGUUGGGAGUGACUGGCGUGGACGAGAGCAACGGCGGAGAGCUAUGUUCAGCACUGGCUAACCUCAGCAGCCUAGAGACGCUGCUGGUGCAGUCGGAGGGUAAGCCGGGUUUAUCUGGCUGCUUGGAUGGCCUCUCCUCACCUCCGGAAAACCUAGGGAGUCUGAAGCUGUAUGGCAACCUGGUCGAAUUGCCGGCAUGGAUCAACGGUGGGCUGAAAAAUCUGGCCAAGCUCAAGCUGCGGAGUUCCAGGAUAGAGGACCAUGAUGCGGCAAUAAAAGUCCUUGGGCGCCUACCGAACCUUGCCAUCCUGCGUCUGCGGAAAGAGUCACUUGGGGGCGAAGAGGUCCAUCUCCGUUUUCGUCAGGGUGCAUCAUUCCCGAGCCUGAUGGUGCUAGAGCUGAGUCUCCCAGGUAAGCUCAAAUCGGUGGAGUUUGAAAAGGGAGCCACCCCUAAGCUUGAGCUGCUGCAGUAUUACGAUCAGCCUGAAGAAGGCGCCGUUUCAGAAAAAACCGAUGACAAUCAGUUUGAAGAAGACCCCAGAGUUGGGUUGUUUUCUGGGCUAGCAUUUCUGGGAAGCCUCAAGGAAGUUCUGCUCGAGGGUCACAACUACAAAGCCGACUUAGUGCAAAACUUGCGCUUGCAGCUUCAUUCAAAUCCGAAGCGACCUGUUCUCAAGAUGGACUGA